UGUUUUUGUUUACAUGUCAGCCGUGCAAAGACGGCAAUUUGGUUGGAAAACCUUGAAAUCCGUCAAAAUAAAUUGGAUUUAUCAAAAAUUUGCCGAAAAAUAGGUGCACUGUGAUCCGAAUAUUAAUAUUAUGAGUGAUUAGUUAGGUCGUGAUUAUACCGUACAUCGGAUAGUUAUAAAAAUGUAUAAGUUAUUUCUAAUUUUAGUGAUAUUCUCUGUGAAACAUUCUGUCAGUCAAACUAAUGAAGAGUGGACUGGACGUUGGUUUCCUACAGAUCCAAUGAUACAACGUGAAGCACAUGGCGGAAUUCCAAUGGGUGAAAUUGAAAAUUGUGAUGAUGGCAAAACUCACUUAGAUGUUGAUUAUGCUGGAACUCCCGAACAAUAUACAUGCUUUGGAAACAGAUUGUUGUACUUGCCAAAUCCAGAAAUUCAUCCAGUAUUAGAACAUGAUCACAUUCCAAAAGCAUAUAGUGCACCACAUUACUGUAUGAAUGAAACAAUCACCUACAAACGUACAAUUCCUAGUUUUGGUGGGCAUAGACCUGUUUGGCCUCAGUAUGGUGAAUACAACUACUUACCAACUCAGCGAUGGCUGCACAGUUUGGAACAUGGAGCAGUAGUUAUGUUGUAUCAUCCCUGUGCAAACUACAAUGAAGUAGUACAUUUGAAAGAUAUCGUUCGUAAUUGCAUGUAUAGACACAUCAUCACCGCCAGCAAUGACUUACAUCAGGACAGGCCAUUAGCGUUGUUAACAUGGGGAAACCGAAUGUUUAUGUCGAAAUUUGAUGCGCCCAUUGCCGUCAAAUUUAUCUCGACUUACGCUAACCGAGCACCGGAAACGACAACGAAAAAUGGCGGAUAUUCGAUGGGGUUGACCCAACCAGCAAAGAAAGUCUCAAAUGAGAAAGAUAACAAGAUCUGUGAGAAGUUUACACAGAUUUAUUCCCUAUAAAUGCAUCUAUGUGCUUAAUUAUACCUAUUUGCUUGAGCCGAAAGCAUCAAAAGUAUAUCAAACAUUCAAUAAGAUUAUCCAAAGUAUUAUAUAUGUGUGACUAUGAAACUGAAAUAAACAGUGAAAAUUCA